AUGGGAUAGAGGGGUGUGUUGCCAUCUGGUAGUGGCCCAUCUAUUGGUCAGUGCACGGGAGAAAAUAUCAAAGCGCUUUGCAUUUGUCACAUUCGGCGAGAUUUUAGUCGUAUACACUGGUUGCUACUGUUUACAGCCAUGUCUCCUCCUGCCCCAGCCUCACAGAAGCAGAAGGAAAGUUGCACAUAUGAGGAUUAUAAAGAUACAGCAGACUGGCUUCUAUCCAAAACAAAACAGCGUCCCAUUGUGGCCAUUGUGUGUGGCUCUGGUCUCGGUGGACUAGGAGAACUUCUUACAGAUCAAGAGGCUUUCAAUUACUGUGACAUACCCAACUUCCCACAGAGCACAGUUCCUGGACAUGCGGGGCGACUGGUAUUUGGAAACCUGAGUGGGAAGCCAUGUGUAUGCAUGCAAGGCCGCUUUCAUUUCUAUGAAGGCUAUCCAUUGUGGAAGGUGACGUUUCCAGUCCGAGUGUUCCGCCUAAUGGGAGUUGAGGUCAUCAUUGUAACUAAUGCUGCUGGAGGUCUGAACCAAGAGUUCAAUGUAGGAGACAUCAUGGUGAUAAAAGAUCACAUUAAUAUGCUAGGAUUUGCAGGACAAAAUCCAUUGUUUGGUCACAAUGAGGACAGGUUUGGCCCUCGUUUCCCACCUAUGUCCGAUGCAUAUGACAAGGACAUGAGGAGUCUGUUGCUGGCCGCUGGCAAGGAGCUGGGUUAUAAUAACAUCAAAGAAGGAGUGUAUUGUGGUAUUGGGGGACCUAACUUUGAAACAAUUGGAGAAUGUCGAUUUCUCAACAAGCUAGGUGCAGAUGCUGUAGGUAUGAGUACAGUACAUGAGGUGGUUGUUGCCCGGCACUGUGGCCUGCGUAUCCUGGGAAUAUCACUGAUAACCAACAAAGCUGUUAUGGACUAUGACAGCAAAGUUACUGCCAACCACGAGGAGGUGCUUCAGGCUGGCAGAGAUAGUGCCAAAUAUAUGGAGAAGCUUGUGAGCACUUUCCUGCAGCGCUUGGACCUAAAUAAAGUGUGAUAGCACAGGGCACACCUUCAGGACGAAGAGACAAAUAUACUUUUAUUUUAAUCUUUCUCUUCUUCUAUUGCAAAUAUGUCAAACCUGUCACCUUUCAGCUGUAAUGCCAUUUUUUGGGGGAAAUGUUUAGAAAUGUGUUUGUAGAACAGCUGUGGGUUGGCAGAAUCUAACAAUAACAGGCCAAUACUGCACUCUGUCUACAUUGCUAUGUGUACCACUCUUUUAAUACAGCUACUUAUCGGAAUGUUGCACAGGACCAGUAUCUUGAUCCACUGGAUAUGGAGCAUUCAUGUGUCAUUCCUUUUCUAACAAUACUUCCUUUAAAACUCAUCACACAUUCCUUCAUGUCACAUUCAGUUAGCGAAGUUUGUUGAGAAUCAAUUACCAUGGCAGAUAUGUACAGCCUUUAUUCAUACAGAUGAAUAUGACAUAUUACUAUCAUUUCAUUUUCUUAUCAAAAACUUAAAAUGCACGGUUACAUCUCCUAGUGGGAAGAUUUGCUGAAAUGUAAUAGAACAAUAGAACCCAGCAGCUUGGGUGAAAGUGUAAUGAACAGUAGGGGCAGAAGGAACAUUGACUAUUUUAUUUUACUUUUUUAAACAUUUAUUACUUGACACGACACAAUGUAAGUAUUUAUAUUUAUGUUAUCAUUCUAAUUACUGGUUAAGGAACAAUUAUUUAGAGUUAUGCUGAUAGUAGGGCUCAUUUACAAUAAUGGGAAUAGUUGCAAAUUGCAGAGUGCAUGCUACAUGCAGCUCUUUUAUUUUUAUUUUUUAUUCAAAGCUGGGAGUGUCAAAGUGGAAAGUGCAAGGAAGGCCUAAAGUGCUGUCCAUGCUGUAGCCCUUAAGUGUCUUUUUUUUGGAUUAUGUGGACUGCAACUGACAGUAUGCUUCAACUCUAUUAUUUGUUGGAAGAUUCUGGGAGCUGUAGCCCGUCAUCAAGUCGGGAUCCAAGGAUUGCAACAAAUCAUAGGCUAUUACAGCCAAUGGAAUGCCUUGAACCUGAAAUGUAAUAAAAAGACAGCAACCAAAUAUAUAUGAAAUGUAAAUCCUUUUAAAACAGGAUUGGCUGUGCUUUUACGUUUCCUAAAAUGUUUCUACAAUAAUUAAACAAUGAUAUGUACUUCUAACUUACUGGAAAAAUAUAACAAUUAAAGGCCAGUUGACUUUAAGUCAACACAAAGCCUUACCACUCAGUCUGUAUAGUUUACAAAGGUGCACAUUAAAUUCGUCCUGUGCUGUCAGACUAGAGAACAAUAAUCCUGUACAACAUACAUAAGGUGCACCUUUCAUGCUGCUAGACCACUGAUCCUUACUGAAUUCCAGCAUCUCCUUGUGUAACAUAUACUAUAUAUAUAUUAGGAACCUAUUGUAAUCAUUGUUUUGCAGUUCCUUAUUGUAUAUUUUGUGUCCAUGUGACGCCAUCUUUUAAUGAAGCAGGUGGUAGAAAAAUUGUGUAAAAAGUUUUUUACGGAUCCGCACACACACGAUUAACUGCAGUUGGGGAGCUUACCCCUUUUAUGGUUACACCAACAGUAUCAGGGGCGUACAUACUCCCUUCAUCAGAACAAUUGUGUAGCCACAGUACUAGAUCCCACACAGGUGAAACAGUUAACAGAACCCACUGCUAAUGGCAAUAGGAGACGGAUAAAGAUGGUGGUUGUAUGUCAAACAAAGGUUCAUUAUAAAAAUUGCAGGGAGUUGGUUUCACGUUACUUUAACUGUUUGCACACAUGUAUUUAUUGUAAGCUAACUAGAGACAGAGAUUCUACAAUGUAUUAUCAUGUCAUUUAGGGAACAGGAAAUCCCACCUUGCACUGUAAUAUCCAUGAAAGCUGAGCCUUCUAUUCUGCUGUACAAUUCAUUGUGCGAUUCUACUAUAUUCUCUUGAUCUGACAAUUACUACAUUAUAGUUCUCUCUUUUGCAAGACGGGUCUUUUUUUUAAUCUUCAAUAAAGAACAUCUUUAAGAA